CGGACGGUAUUCUCGUGCAGAGCAAUGACCUCAAGAUCGAUGAGAGUGCGCUGACCGGUGAAUCCGAUCAAGUGAAGAAAAGUGAAUCCAAGGACCCCAUUCUACUCUCCGGUACCCAUGUCGUUGAGGGAUCAGGUCGAAUCGUCAUUACUGCUGUCGGUAUCAAUUCUCAGGCUGGCAUCAUCUUCGCUUUGCUUGGAGCCGCCGAAGAAGACCCCGGCAGGAAGAAGUCGGGUUCCAUUUCUAAAGGCCAGGAUGGAGUUGAAGCCGGUCGGGGAAAGAAGAAAGGCAGCCUUAAAUCCACUCCCUUAGAAGCUGUUCCGGAGGCCGAGGCGCUGACUGGCAAAGAGGCUUCAUCGGAGGAAAAGAAGAAAAAGAAACCACGUGCACGCAAAGAGAAGUCGGUUCUGCAGACCAAACUAACGAAAUUGGCUAUCCAGAUCGGCUACGCAGGUAAUGCCAUCACGAAGACCGAAGUUCAUCUAUUCGCUUUUUUAUAUCAGGGCAUUAUUUGCAUGUUCAUAUUUGAUUUCUGGCAAGAAUCGCCCCAGAAUACAUUAUCAUUAUUUUUAUCCGUUCAUGUGCUUAUCCACGCAAUAAGAUUGGUUUUUAAUAGGUCAGGCUUUGUUAGCGUCUGA